AUGACGACCCGCUUCAAGAAGAACCGGAAGAAGCGCGGCCACGUGAGCGCCGGUCAUGGGCGUAUCGGAAAACACCGCAAACAUCCCUCAGGUCGCGGUAACGCCGGAGGAAUGCAUCACCACCGUAUUCUCUUCGACAAGUACCAUCCCGGCUACUUCGGUAAAGUCGGUAUGCGGUACUUCCACAAGCUCCGCAACAAGUUCUUCUGCCCCACCGUCAAUAUCGACAAAAUCUGGUCACUCCUCCCUCCCGAAGUGAAGGCAGAGGCCGAGAAGAGCAAGGGUUCAGCCCCCGUGAUUGACGUGACUCAGUUUGGGUACUUUAAGGUUCUAGGUAAGGGUGUUCUACCCCCGAGUCAACCCGUUGUGGUGAAAGCCAAGCUCGUGUCGAAGAUUGCCGAGAAGAAGAUCAAGGAAGCUGGUGGAGCUGUCGUCCUCACUGCUUAA